AUGAAAGAAAAUCAGACAGUCGUGACAGAAUUCAUCCUACUGGGAUUUCCCCUCGGCCCGAGGAUUCAAAUGGUUCUCUUUGGCCUCUUCUCCCUGCUCUAUGCCUCCACUCUGCUGGGGAACGGGGUCAUUCUGGGGCUCAUCUUGCUGGACCCCAGACUGCACACCCCCAUGUACCUCUUCCUUUCACACUUGGCCUUCGUAGACAUCGCCUACACCUGCAGCACAGUGCCCCAGGUGCUGGUGAAUCUCCUGAAUCCAGCCAAGCCCAUCUCCUACGCUGGCUGCAUGACACAGACCUUUUUCUUUUUGACUUUUGCACACACCGAAUGUCUUCUCUUGGUGGUGAUGUCCUACGACCGGUAUGUGGCCAUCUGCCACCCCCUCCGAUAUUCCGUCAUCAUGAGCUGGAGAGUGCAGAAGGUCCUAGCUAUUGCUUCCUGGGCAUGUGGCUCCCUGCUAGCCCUGGUGCAUGUGGGUCUCCUUCUGAAACUGCCUUUCUGCGGGCCUCAUGAAAUCAACCACUUCUUCUGCGAACUCCUGUCUGUACUCAAGCUGGCCUGUGCUGACAUCUGGCUCAAUCAGGCUGUCAUCCUUGCAGCUGCUGUGUUUAUCUUGGUGGGGCCCCUGUGCCUGGUGCUGGUCUCCUACUCACGCAUCCUAGCUGCCAUCCUGAGGAUCCAGUCUCAGGAGGGCCGCAGGAAGGCCUUCUCCACCUGCUCCUCCCACCUCUGUGUGGUGGGACUGUUCUUUGGCAGUGCCAUCGUCACAUACAUGGCCCCCAAAUCCCACCAUCCUGAGGAGCAGCAGAAGAUCCUUUUUCUAUUUUAUAGUUUUUUCAACCCUCUGCUGAAUCCUUUGAUUUAUAGUUUGAGGAAUGCAGAAGUCAAGGGUGCUCUGAGGAGGUUGCUGUGCAAGGAAAGUUCAUCCCAGUUGGUAUGACAUUCUGGUAGGUGCCUGGAAUCUUCAACUCUUCGCCCAAUUACAAGCUAAAUCCAGAGUUUGCCAUCACUCCUUAACCAGUCCUUAAUGGUCUGUUGUUUUAGCAGCAACAGUGGAUGUUGCAUAGCAUACAGUAAUCGUUUAACAGCCACUGGUCUCAGAAAUUCAUGCGACUUCAUCAGGUGACACAAUUGAUCACUGCGACAUAGUUGUCAAUGUUAACCUAUG